ACACAGGCGGGACCAGGAGGAGCAUCCCGACAGCAGCGGGGCGAGGACUUAGCGAGCACACGCUUGCAAAAGAUCGACAACCAUGGAGGACCAUUUCUCUCGCAUGCUGGAUGCUUCAGCCACGGGAAGCGCUGUGCAGGGAACCUACAUCCCGGCCCAGCACUUCGAGGGGAAGAAGCUGGGAUACUACUUCGCCAAGGGGAUCCAUGGUCUCGGCUACUACAUGGACGCCGCACAAGCGAGCGACAUCAUGGACAACGACGGCGAGGGGACGGCGAGCAGGAAACGGGCCAGGGAAGAGGACGACGAGGCGGGGCGCGACCUCCAGAACACGGGAAAGGAGGACCCCGUAAGGUUCGAAGACAUGGCCCUGGAGGAUCUCGAUGAGGAGGCGAUUGCCAAGAUGCUGGAAGAGGCGGAUAAGGAGGAAGUGAGCGAGUUGGACGCCACGGGAGUCAAGCAGCUUCUGUUGCAGCUCGAGCGUAAGAUCAACCGCAACCAGAUGAUGCGAGUGAAGUUCCCCGAGCAGCCGGCGAAGUUCGUCGACUCCGAGGCGAGUAAGGUUGAGCUCGACGCAGCAAUCAAGAGUCUCUCUGUCGUCGCCGCCGCGCCGGAGCUUUACCCCGCUUUCGUUGACGCCGGAGCCGUGAAUUCCUUGCUUGGGCUAUUGACCCACGACAACACGGACAUCUCCAUCACCGUGCUGCUGCUGCUGCAGGAGCUGACGGACUCGGACGUUCUGAGCGAGAGAGAAGAGGCAAUGGUAAUCGUCGACGCGAUCGUCGACAAGCUGGGCCUGGAGCUUUUGGUACAAAACCUUAGCCGACUGGACGAGUCCAACGAGGAGGAUGCCAAGGGCGUCAACACCACCAUGGGGGUGCUGGAAAAUCUUUUGGAGGCACGUCCAACCCUGGGACCGACGCUGUGCGAGCCGCCGAUGAGCGUGCUCCGAUUCCUGCUGAAGAGGCUCCAGGUGAAGAAGUUCGACGAGAACAAGCUCUAUUGCUCCGAGAUCCUGGCCAUGCUCGUCAACGGCGACACGGACGUCCAGAAGAGAUUGGGCACGUUGCAAGGGAUGGACGGCAUCGACCGACUGCUGCAAAUCGUGGCCUACUACCGCCGUCGCCAACCCCAGUCUCCGGAGGAAGAGGAGUGCGUUGAGAACUUGUUCGACGCCCUGGCGGCGGCGCUCUUGGUUCCAGACAACCAGCAGCGGUUCCGCAAAGGCGAGGGUUUCGAGCUCAUGCUUCGGUGCUUGCGAGAGAAGAAGCACGCGGCGUGGUGUGCGGUGAAGGUGCUAGACUUUGCCCUCACGGACGACAGCAGCAACUGCGAGAGGCUGGUGGAGGUGGGCGGGCUGAAGGCGGUGCUGCCCGUUUUCAUGGGUAGGGGCGCCGCGCGCAAGCUGCGCCAGAAGAAGCGAAAGGCGAAAGGAGAGAGGAACGCUCUGGAAGAACACGCAAUUUCCAUUGUAACGAGCUUCGCCGUCCACCUGGAGGAUCGCCCGGACCACGAGUGCCUGACCCGUUUCAUCUCCAAAUUCAUGGAGGCCGGCAUGGAGAAAGUCGAUCGGGUGAUGGACCUCUACAUGGAGUACUCAGACAGGGUAGAGCAGUUCGAGGCGAACGAGCAGCAGAGGGCCGCUAGGGACGAGGAGGAAGGAGACAGCGACGACGACGCCGAAACGCUCGAGUCUCGCAGGCUGGAGGCGGGGGCCUACACCCAGCAACGCCUGGCCGUCGUCAUGGUGGUCAUCGCCGCGCACAGCUCUGCGGUCGCCCGGAGGGUAAACGAAAAGCUGCACCAGCACGGUUGGAGGCUCGGGCACGUUCGAGCGGUGCUGGAGAAGUACAUCCAGAACCUCGGCCCGGGCUCCCGCCAGCGCGGACGCCUGGAGGCGCUCCUCCCGCACGCGGAGACAGAAGCACCAGCAACACCAGGAAUUACCGGCGCGGGUAGUAGUGGCGGCGACACGCCUCCUCCGCCGCCUCCGCCGCCUCCGCCGCCGGCUGACGACGACGAUGAUGAUGUGGACAUGAAUGUUGAGAAUGGUGGCACACCGCCGCCGCCGCCGCCGCCGCCUCCGCAGGAUGAUGGCGAUGACAGGGAUGACCGCCGUGACGACAGGCGCCGGUAGACGUAAAACUCAGCCGUGUUUUUUUUUUUUGAGGCUGGCUGUCUGUGCCCCUGUUAGUUUGAGGCGGUCGGUCUCGCAAGGCUAACCGCCGUGUCUGUGUGCGCGCUGGAGAUGGGUCGAGUCGACGUCUUGUAGCAACUCUUGUAGUUGCCGACCGCACCGAGCAACGGAUGCAAAGGAGACGAUGGCUGAGAUUUGAGACGAUGCGAAGCGCUUGUAGAGCACCGUAUUUGUUUCGGUGACGUGCUGUGCGGGUGAGAUUGCGCAGAUCCCAGCCCCAGGCGAUGGUUUUCGUCCUUGUCGGAACGGCGGUACUGUACGAACGAAGCAGUGUCGCCGGGUGAUGCACGCUUGUUGUGCGAUACAGUAGCUUGUCUCGGGAGAUGCGUCAAGACCCUUUCUUAUUCUCAUCGUGCGUGUACAACGUAUGCGUACAUACUGCUGCAGAGGUGGGGGACGAAGAAGAAUUAAAAGGAUUUAUUUCUGGUGCUAGUAUCUACUGUAGGAAACCGCAUCCAGAAGUUGGCAACACUGCCGUCUCUCGUUGCUGAAUUAACACUUAAAGUUCUGGGCCCUCUGUAGUGCAGGGGUGUGUCCAGAGAUUUUACCUCCACUUACCGGGCACCUGCACUAUUCAGAAUCGAAGAAUAAAUACGUUUAUGUUACCAGCUGAAAUCUGUGAUGAGCACUAUACCGGGAACCUGCACUAUAGAGGGCCCAGUGCUCUACGUAGUGUAGCUGUUGCGGAAUGCGGGAUUUUCCAAGCAGCACCUACCCGUGCUCUUGCGAAGGCUGUUGUUUCGGAAGCAACUUCACUGGACCCUGGUUAAUUUUCCACGAAGGCGUAGGAGUGGGGGGGAGCGGGGCUACUGCUGUACCCCCGGACUUUUUGACAAAUGUAGUCUAUCUGGAAGUCAUGUUCCCGCACGAAAACUACAUAUCGUUUCCCGGUGAUGAUGAAAUUUUGGCAAUGUUCUGCUGUGUGGUCUGCAUGCCAA